AUGACAAAGACAGAGUGGCAAACCAUCAGUGCUGCGAAGCAACAGGCUCUCCUUGCGUCGAUUCCUCGGGAAUGGAUGAUUGAUGCUAAUAUCCUUCCUCCGAUCUCUCAGCUGGAUGUCACCAGCUGGCCUGAACGGUCCGGAUGGUUCACCAAAGAAGAACUCGAGAUCACAUCUACUCCCGCGGCCCUCAUCCUCGAGAAAACGACCUCAGGGGCCUGGACGGCCGAGUCGGUGACGCGAGCAUUCUGUAAAAGAGCUGCUGCUGCUCACCAGCUAACCAACUGUCUAUCAGAGACUCUGUUCCCUGAAGCCAUCAAAGCUGCACAGGCUCUUGAUAUCCAUUUCGCCACGACAGGCAAACCGCUGGGCCCGCUGCAUGGCCUUCCUAUCUCCUUGAAGGAUAACUUCAAUAUCGCCGGUAAAGAUUCUACGCUCGGCUUCACCGCUUGGGUUGGCCAGCCAGCAACGCAUAACAGUACCCUGAUCGAUGUACUGACCAAUGCUGGUGCCGUGCUCUAUGUUAAAACUAAUGUCCCCACGGCCAUGAUGAUUGCCGAGACGGUGAACAAUGUCUUUGGCAGGACUACUAACCCCUUUAACCGCCUUACCUCGUCCGGGGGUUCUUCAGGUGGUGAGUCUGCGUUGAUUGCCUUUGGCGGGAGUCCAUUAGGGGUUGGGACUGAUAUUGGCGGUUCUCUCCGUAUACCCGCUGCUCUUACUGGCAUUUUUACUCUCAAACCAUCUUUUGGUCGUUUCCCUAACUUUCAAACCAAAUCUGGCCUUGCUGGGCAGGAGUCCGUCACCAGUGUAAAUGGACCUAUGGCACGAGAGUUAGCCUCUAUUGCUCUUUGGGCCGAAGUAGUUGUCAAUUCACAACCUUGGAUCAAUGACCCAAAGUGUAUCCCUAUUCCAUGGAGACAAGUCGAAGUCAGGAAAAGCUUGAAGAUUGGCAUUAUGUGGAAUGAUGGGAUGGUUCGACCAACUCCUCCGGUCAGACGAGCUUUGAAAGAAACAGCAGAGAAGCUGAGGGCAGCAGGGCAUGAGGUUGUUGACUGGGAGCCAAUCGGCCACGAACAAGCUGCUAAGAUCUUGGCACACUUUUUCCUUUCUGAUGGGGGAGAAUCGGUUAAGAGACUCCUUGCCAUGUCUGAUGAACCUAUUCGCCCAGAAAUGGACGUAUAUGGCCGUGCUGUCGAUCAUGGUGUAUAUAAUCUCUGGCAGCUUCACAAGGAACGAAAUACACUACAAAAAGACUACUUGGAUCGUUGGAAUGCGUUGGAACUCGAUGCCAUAAUAGCACCGACCGCCCCCUUUGCUGCUGUGGAACACUCCAAAUUUAGGCAUGUCGCUUACACGGGUGUAUAUAAUAUCCUCGACUACUCCUGCAUAUCCUUCCCCUGCAAUGUUCUCGUUGACCAGGAGAUCGACAUUCCCGCGACCGGCGAGACGCCACUUACCAAGGAAGACUCCCUGGUACAAAGUGAAUACAACCCGAAUGUCAUCCACGGAAUGCCUGUAAGCCUUCAGCUUGUCGGACGUCGCCUUGAAGAAGAGAAGGUCGUGAAGAUGUGUGACGUAGUGUUACAAGCACUAUAA